CUUCGAAGCAGCAACGUUGAGCUUCAGUCGACGACCCCCCAAAGCAGACAGCAGGCACCCCAACAGACGAGCAGUGAUGGGGAAGAAAAGUCGCCUUGCAGGAGGAGCAGUCGGUCGGAGAACAAUUCUACAGCUUUCCCCUCCAGGGAACCGUGGUGGGAAUACCGGAGAGAGGGAAGAAGCGCCCUCGGGAUCCGAUGAUGAACAGGAUGGGGAUGGACAUAGAUUUCUGAGACGCACAGACAUGAAGGCACCAGCUGUAAAGGCCACAGAGGGUUUGUCCUUGCUUGGAGCCUAUGAAGACAGUGAUGAAGAAGAUGCUGGAGACGCUCGCCGCUCAGCCACAAAUUCUCAACAUAACCAGUCAGCUGACAUCGACAGUACGCUGGCCAAUUUCAUGGCUGAAAUUGAUGCAAUCACAACUCAGCCUACUACAGAUGAUGCAGCAGCUCAUCCCUCCAUUACGAAUGCCACCCCACCUCGACCUGAAGUUAAAACUCAGCAGCCAGCUGCCGACGGACAAGAUCAAGAAAGCACAGAGUUUGAGUAUAAUACUCAGUGUUCACUAGCUGGAGUGGGUGUAGAGAUGGGAGACUGGCAGGAAGUUUGGGACGAGAAUUCUGGCUGCUAUUACUACUGGAACACACUAACCAAUAAAGUGUCCUGGGAACUGCCACACUAUUUGGCUGAUCAGGUGCAAAGCCUGGGACAUUGCACCAGCAGCACCAGUGUCAAUGGCAAUGGCACAGCUCAUGGAGGUUAUUACACAGAUGAAAAUGCUGCCUCUGCUUCAGCCCCAACAAAAGAGACCAAAGCGAAGGAGGUAAUUGAAAAUGUUGUGGGCCUGACAAGUGAAGAGGAGGAGCACCGGGGAGUGGCAGCGUCCCUCCUUGGUCCGCUUAUCCCUUCUGAAGUAAAAGAAGCAGAGGAAAAGUGGAGAAAAAAACUGCUUAAGGUUUUGGAUGAGACCGAGAACAGCAUGGAUUCUGAUGGAGAAACUGUGAGGCCUCCAGGAUCUCCCUCUGCACACCUUCAGGAGUCGGACUCGACCCCUAUUGUCCAAAAAGAUCCUUCCACCAAGAAGCGGUCGAGAGACAAUUCAGAUGCUGAAGAGGAGACAGAGGAGGACACAGUGGAGCUGGAACUGGCUCUAGAGAGGAAGAAGGCUGAGCUUCGGGCACUAGAGGAGGGUGAUGUGAGUGCAGGGGGCUCCAGUCCAUGUUCGGAGGCUAGCCAGGAAGCCACUGGACCUCGCAGUAUCCUACUGAAGAAGAACCGAUGGAAGGCUGUCUUUCCCUCAGCUGCCAGCCCCGAUUCUAAUAGUAGAAGCUCCGAACCACUUGACAGCACAGAAACAGCACUUCCUAAAGUAUUAGAAAGUGUUGUGGAAGGAGAGAACAACGACACAGAUGAUUCUGAAGACAAAACUUUGUCCAAACCUCCUGUAAAAGAGGACGUGGAAACACCUGAGCUCAAGUUUCAGAUAGGAGAACUGGCCAACACCUUAACCAGCAAGAUGGAGUUCCUGGGGAUAAACAAGAAGACAAUCUCAAACUUUCAUUUGCUUCUGCUACAAACUGAGACACGGAUCGCUGACUGGAGGGAAGGUGCUCUGAAUGGGGUUUAUCUUCGCCGCAGGCUGCAAGAAGCUGCUGAACACAUAAAAUAUUACGAACUUAACGCCACCCCUAAAGGCUGGUCCUGCCACUGGGACAGAGAGCACAGGCGGUAUUUCUAUGUGAGGGACCGGACCGGUGCCUCCCAGUGGGAGUUUCCUACAGAGGAGGACAAGGAGGAGGACCUCAAAGGCAACCAAGGAACCGAGACAAAACCGCAGAGCCAAGGGGAUACCAAAACAACAUCUGGAUCAGCUGGGGGUGUAACAGAAUCGUCUACAUACUCUUCUGCUGCGCCACCGCCACCACCACCUCCCCAGCCCAGUGAAUCCCUCUGGUCCCCACCCCAGCCACCACUUCCUGACAGCCCCCCUCCACCUUCCACCAACCCCCCACUCCCACCUCUCCCUCCAGGCUCACCACCUCCCCCUCCGCCACCCCCUGACAGUGAUGGAGAGAUCAUGGAGGUGGAAAUGGAAAUGGACGAUGAUAACGAUGAGGAGCCUCCAGCUCCUGGAACAGAGGAAGAUGGCAGUGGGAGGCCUCCAUUACCUCCUGGUUCUGCCAGCAUGAAGGUUAUAGAGUUGUCCAGCUCUUUGGGCAAGGGCCAGAAACGCAAAGCUGGCCAGGUGAAUAAAACGGUUACUAUUGGCAGCAGUCCAAUAAUCUACACCCAGUCAGCUGCUACUGCAGCACCACUAAUACCAGCAACUGCUUACUGGGGUGUGCCAGCUGUCACGGUCCCUUUGGUACCAUGUGAACCUCCUGCCCCACCUAUCUCAACAUUACCUCCCCAACCACCACUUCCGCCCCCUCAGCCACCCACCGAACCUCCUGGAAUCAAAGCUCCACCAGUAGACAAAACCAAGAAAUCCAAAAAGGAUAAGACAAAGAAAAGUAAGACCAAAAUGCCUUCGCUGGUGAAGAAAUGGCAGAGCAUCCAGAAAGAGUUGGACGAGGAAGAGAAGAGCAGCUCCAGUGAUGAAGACAGAGACCAGCUCAACAAGAAGAGCAUUGAGGAUUGGAAGCAACAGCAGCUCGUGACAGGAAAAGCUUCGAAGAAUGCCAACUUUGAGGCACUUCCUGAAGACUGGCGGGAACGCCUCAAGAAACGGAAAAUGAUGAAUAACACAUAACAGCUAGUUCUUUAAACUGCUCAGGCAGUGUUUGUAAAUCCACUCCCCCCAAUACCAUAAAGUCAUCUUUACCCAGUGAUAAAGAUUUGUUUAUUAAUUGGUGAAGUUUCUUAACCAUGUUCUUUGUUCAUGACAGACAUUUUAUAGCCCUUACAUGGCAGGCCAUUCACGCAGAGGGUUUAAAUGUCCUCUUCCUGGUUUUUGUACUCUCAACUGUAAAUGUGCCAAAUGUCCCACGUUGAGCAGUUUGUCAUUAUUUCAACGUUUUGUACAGAUUCGGUGUGGAUGUUCGCUGUAUGUUUGGCAGGUUUAUCUAUUUUAUGGAACAUUUUUACAAUUAUGCACAUUUAAUGAAAAACAGAUUGGCCGUGUUUGGGAAAGGGAAAGGACCGUUAUGGAACUUGUAUAUUUUGUAAAAAGUUAUUAAAAGUUUUUUUUUCCUAAGUUA